AUGCCGGGACGAAACUUCUACACCAUUGUCCGACCUGGGCAUUAUCCGGACAGUUUGCAAAGACAUAAGCCUAAACAGUUGGCAGGUUGUGUGAGUUCAUCAACACAGCAGUGCCUACAUUACCACAAUACAGAAAGCACAGAGUCGGAACAAAAACAUCAAGCAAGGAAACAUUUGUUGAAAAGUAAGAGAAACCAAACACAUUUCCGAAAAACUGUGAAAAAUGGUUUCAAGACGAUUGGCGAGGAGCCCGGAUAUUGCGGAAACUGCCAGCUACCAUUCGACAGGAUGAGAAGUCAUUUAAGGAAGUGUCAUCCGCGACUAUACCGGAGAAUUAUUCUUACAUUGCGGAAAACAAGCACAGAACCAUCUAGUGGUGGCGAUGUCAAAACAUCUCACAUCAAAACGAAAACAUCUCGGCAAAAGAGACGGUAAAAACUUUCCGGGCUGCGUGUGGUGCACAUGUAUACCAGCAGAACUAACAAUUGAUUCAAAUUUGGUAACUAUUUUGAAUGAAUGCGACGUUUAUACAUCUUGCUUUUUCUGUUCCGAAAUUCCAUAAGACGAGGUUUGCUAGUAUGCAAGUCAAACAGGUAAUUUAGAAAGAUCAUUAUCAAAAAAGGCAGUAAGAAUAUUAUAGCAC